AGUUAAAAAUUUCUAGCAUACUGGAUGCAUUAGAUCAAUAGAUGUGGACCGCACGAUGGAGUUGGAACGAUUCUAAUUGGGGAACAUGCAUGUUCCAUUGGGAACACAAUAUCUCUUCCUCACUACUUUCCUUUUCGUGAAGCCGAUUCUGGUUCGGAGCCAUCUCACUCACACAUCUCCUCUCACUCUCUCUGGAAUUCCGGCGAAGAUAGAGUCCGAUCGAAAGAGGAAGAAGUCUCCGGUGGUGCCGGCGGAGCAGAAUGAGAAGCAUAAGCAGCAUUUGAACAAGACGAAGAAGAUGUCGUACUGUAGCAACAGCCACGGUGGUGAUGGAGGUGAGGUUAGGGCAUCGCACAUACUGGUGAAGCACCAAGGCUCGAGGCGCAAGGCGUCGUGGAAGGAUCCAAAAGGCCAGGUCAUCAGAAACACCACCAGAGACAGCGUCGUCUUUCAGCUAAAGGCCUUCCGUGACGACAUCGUUUCUGUCAAAGCCAAGUUUGAGGACAUCGCCUCUCGCUUCUCGGAUUGCAGCUCUGCCAAUCGCGCCGGCGAUCUCGGUCACUCCCAAUUUGGAUUGCAGAAUACUUCAAAUACUGCUAGAGGAUGGGAACCAUCUUGA